AUGCAAGCUAUGGAGGGGGAAGUGUUACUCCCAGCUCUCUAUGAGGAGGAAGAGGAAGAGGAGGAAGAAGAGGUGGAAGAAGAGGAAGAGCAAGUGCAGAAAGGUGGCAGCGUGAGCUCCCUGUCUGUCAGCAAGCACCGGGGCCUGAGCCUCACCGAGACAGAGCUGGAAGAGCUGAGGGCUCAGGUGCUCCAGCUGGUGGCAGAGCUGGAGGAGACCCGGGAGCUGGCAGGGCAGCAUGAGGAUGACUCCCUGGAGCUGCAGGGGCUCCUGGAGGAUGAACGGCUGGCCAGCGCCCAGCAGGCAGAGGUGUUCACCAAGCAGAUCCAGCAGCUCCAAGGUGAGCUGCGGUCUCUACGAGAGGAGAUGUCCCUGUUAGAGCGAGAGAAAGAAAGUGAACUUAAGGAAAUAGAACAGGAGUUGCACUUGGCCCAGACUGAGAUCCAGAAUCUGCGGCAAGCAGCAGAGGAUUCCGCAACUGAACAUGAGAGUGACAUAGCAUCCCUGCAGGAGGAUCUCUGCCGGAUGCAGAAUGAACUCGAUGACAUGGAGCGCAUCCGGGGAGAGUAUGAAAUGGAGAUCACUUCCCUCCGUGCAGAAAUGGAAAUGAAGAGCUCUGAUCCAUCCAAUAGUUUAAAUCCUUCAGAUUACUCUGAGAUGCAAGAAGAGUUGCAGCAACUGCGGGAACGCUGCCGCUUCCUGAACGAGGAGUACCAGGCCCUGCGUGAGAGUAACAGCAGCCUCACAGGGCAGCUUGCGGAUCUGGAGAGUGAGAGGACACGAAGAGCAACAGAAAAGUGGCUGGAGUCCCAAAUGCUGAAGGAUAUGAUGUCAUCAGAGUCUCAGACUUCAGAAAUGGAUUUUCUAGAACCUGAUCCUGAAACCCAGUUGUUGCGACAACAGCUUCUAGGGGCUGAAGAGCAGAUGCAUGACAUGCAGAACAAGUGUAAGGAGUUGUGUUGUGAGUUGCAAGAACUACAGCAUCAUCGUCAGACCAGUGAGGAGGAGCAGAGGCGGCUGCAGAGGGAGCUCAAGUGUGCACAGAAUGAGGUGCUUCGGUUUCAGACUUCCCACAGUGUCACCCAGAACGAGGAGCUGAAGACCAGACUCUGUGCCCUGCAGCAAAAGUAUGAUGCUAGCCAGGAUGAGCAGAAUGAGCUCUUGAAGGUGCAGCUACAACUUCAGUCUGAGCUCCGGCAGCUCAAAGUCUUGAAAUCCACAGUCGUAGAAAGCCCAAAUGAGAAGGAGUUACUGUGCCGGCUACAGAAGCUGCAGCUCCAGUACCAGCACAUCACGUGCGAGAAGGAUAAGCUGCUGGAAGUGCAGCAACAGCUGUGUGGGGACCUGCGGUACCAUGAGGCGGAGGUGCAGCGCCUCAAGGACAUCGUGGCCUCCUUCCAGGAGAGCAGUGAGAAGAACGCAGAGAUGCACGCCCAGCUUCAGGAGAUGAAGCGGCUGUACCAGACCAGCAAGGAAGAGCUGGAGCGGCGGAAGUACAUGUAUGAUCAGCUCGAGCAGGACCUCCUGCUUUGCCAGCAGGAGCUGAAGGAGCUCAAGACCACCAAGCCCAUCCCAGAGGAAAAGGGGAAAUGUGCUAAUAAGUGUGACACACUGCUGUCCAGACUGACAGAGUUGCAGGAAAAGUACAAGGCCAGCCAGAAGGAGAUGGGGCAGCUGCAGAUGGAGCAGUGCGAGCUCCUGGAGGAUCAGAGGAGGAUGCAGGAGGAGCAGGGGCAGCUGCAAGAAGAGCUGCACAGACUCACGUUCCCGCUACCCAAAGCUGGUCUCCUCCCUAAGAGUCAGGAGCUACUUACAAAGUUACAAGACCUGUGUGAACUACAGCUGCUCUACCAAGGUAUGCAGGAUGAGCAGAAAAAACUGGUACGGAAUCAAGAAAGUGUGCUCAAAGAACAGUCAGAUCUGCAUGAAGAGCUGCAUCUUUUCAAAAUGUCUCGUUUCCGGGAUGUGUUGGAGAAUCCCAACGAUUCCAAAUCACCUAAGUCCUCCAAGUGUGGUCACAACAAGCAGUCCAAGUUGAUCACCGCCCAGAUGCAGGCUCUGCAGGUGCUCUACGAGGGCACGCAGACCGAGCAGGAGCUACUGCAGCAGGAGCAGGGCAGGCUCCUCGAGGAGCGGAAGAGGCUGCGGGCCGACCUGCAGCUCUGCCUGGAAGAAAUGCAGCUGCUCCAGGUCCGGUCCCCUUCCAGCAGAAUGAGCUUGGAGAAGAACUACGGCAGCACGGCCACCGGCAGCGAGAACUACCGCCGGAGUUAUGGGAGCAGCCUCGAUGACGGCGAGAGCUAUCACAAGAGUUACGGUAGCACCCAGGCCAGCACCGAGAGCUUUCUCAAGAGCUAUGACAGCAGCAGCAGCAGUCCCCAGGAGAGCAGCGAGAGGAGCUACUGCGCCGGCAGCAGCGGCAGCAGCAUCUAUAAGAAGAGCUACGGCAGCAGCGCCAGCUCUGACACCUGUUACAAGAGUUACGGCAGCAGCACUAACGACGGACCUGCCGAGCCUGAAGACCUAGAGCGCUGUGAGGACGUGGUCACCAAGGUGGUGAUCAAGCUGCAGGGGGUGCAGGCCAUGUACCAGCUCAGCCAGGAGGAACAUGACCGGCUGCAAAACCGGAUGAAAAAGCUGUUGGACAGGCAGAAAGAGCUGAAGGAAGAGCUGGUCGCCUGUGAAAAGGAAUUCAAGGAAUGCAUGGAAAGCCUUGAGAAGCCCGCUGCCUCCCCAAACGACAAGGACAAGAACGAGAUCAGAGAGCUGCAGGCCAAGCUGCGGGAGCUGCAGCUGCAGUACCAGGCGAGCAUGGAUGAGCAGGGGCGGCUUCUGGCCGUGCAGGAGCAGCUGGAGGGCCAGCUGCAGUGCUGCCAGGAAGAGCUCCGCCAGCUCAAGGAGAAGAAGUCCUCUGUUCCCAGAGAGACCAAGGGGAAAAGUGACAAUGAGAAUAGGAACAAAAAUGCCAACGGGGUUAAAAACAAAAAGGUGACCAAACCAAGCCUGGACGGUUCUGAGGGCUGCUAUGAGAACGAAAAGAGUCUGGAGGUGGUGCUGUACUACAAGGCCAGCCACACGGAUUUAGGUGGUCUGAUACAAGAGGAAGUGGAGGAGGAAGAGGAGGAAAUCAAAAAGGACUCGAAGCAGGACUCCUGCAAUGAACUGGUUUCUGUGCCAUCAGAGCCUGCAGAGAUUAAGUCUGCAGAAGCUGAGGAGGGGUGUUACGAAGAGUCCCAAGAGCAGGAGGGCAAGGAAGAUGACAAUAAAGAUGAGAGCGCCAAGGACACUUGCCCUGAAGCUUCAGAGGGAAACAACCCCCUCAAGCUUUCUGAGAGCAAAAAGCCAUCCCCUGCCCCGGAGCCCCCCAUCUUCUCCUUGCCUCUCGUAGCCCUGGUGGUCAUAUCGGCUUUGCUCUGGUGCUGGUGGGCCGAGACGUCGUCCUAA